AUGUCUGCCACAAGGCUGGCCAACCGGCUGCCAAAUGCCGGCAGCUUACUUCAGUCACCCCGGGCGACCCUCAGGUUACCGAGCAGGAUAGGCGCCACGGCGGCAUCCCAAGUCAGGUUUAAGUCGGGCCCUUAUGGCUACACACAGACCAAAGCAUUGGUGUUUUCCAAAUUCGGCGAGCCCAGCGAUGUCUUGCGGCUACACACCCACUCCAUCUCCCCGUCGCUCCCGUCUCACGCCGUCGUCCUCCGCACGCUCGCAGCCCCCAUCAACCCGGCCGAUGUGAACACGAUCCAGGGCACGUACGGCGCCAAGCCCGACUUCAACUCGCCUGCCAACAUGCAGCUCGGCACCGCCGAGCCCUCUGCCGUGCCGGGCAACGAGGGCUGCUUUGAGGUGGUGUCGGUGGGGUCGGGGGUCAAGAGCCUCAAAAAGGGCGACUGGGCCAUACCGGCCAGCACGGGUAUGGGCACGUGGCGAACGCACGCGCUCGUCGACAACGCAGACCGCGCGCUCCUCCGCGUCCCCGACGGCGACGCGCCCCUGACCCCGAUCCAGGCCGCCACGGUCAGCGUCAAUCCGUCGUCGGCCUACCGCAUGCUGCGCGACUACGUGGACCUGGUGGAGCUGAGCGUGCAGGCGUUCCGCAGCGGGUCGGGCGCCGACGGCGGCGCCUGGUUCAUCCAGAACGGCGCAAACAGCGGCGUGGGGCGCGCGGCGAUCCAGCUCGGCCGGCUCUGGGGCCUGCGGUCCGUCAACGUGGUGCGCGAGCGCGACACGCCCGAGGCCACGGAGCAGCUGAAGCGCGAGCUGCGCGACCUGGGCGCCACCGUCGUCGUGACCGAGGCCGAGCUGCUGGACCGCGGCUUCCCCGCCCGGCUGCGGGAGGAGUGGACCAAGGGCCAGCCGCUGAUGCUGGGCCUCAACUGCGUGGGCGGCAAGUCGGCCACGCAGCUGGCCAGGGUGCUGAGCGAGCAGGGCACGCUCGUGACGUACGGUGCCAUGUCCAAGCAGCCCGUCGCGCUGCCCACGGGCCUGCUCAUCUUCAAGGACAUCCGGUUCCGCGGCUUCUGGCUGAGCAGGUGGGCCGACGGCGACCGAGACGGCAAGAGGCGCACCAUCGAGGAGCUCCUGGCCUUGAUGCGCAAGGGCCAGUUCAGCGACGCGCCCGUGGACGAGGUCAGGUGGGACUGGGACACCGACGAGGAGACGCUCAAGAAGGCGGUGCAGGGCACGCUGGGUGGCUUCAGGAAGGGCAAGGGUGUGUUUAUGUUUGGCGAGACGUGA